AUGAACACGCUGGCCAACCAUGGCUUCCUCGCUCACGACGGCAAGAACCUCACCGAAGGCAAGGUCGUGCACGCCUUGAACUCGGCACUCGGCUUCGACGAGGCCCUCGCAAAGAUCAUGUUCCAACAAGCUCUGCCUGCCAACCCCCGCCCCAACGCCACCUUCUUCACCCUCGACCAGCUCAACCGCCACAACGUCCUCGAGCACGAUGCAAGCAUGAGCCGGCUCGACGCCUACUUCGGCAACAACCACACCGAAGACAUCCUCGACACCAAACAGCUUGCCAAUGGGAAGCUGAUCCGACAAAUCAACUCGAGAACUGUUAACCCCUCCUACACCUUCACCGAGACCAUCGAGGCCUUCGGUCUGGGCGAGGUUGCCGCUCCGAUCAUCGUGUUCGGCUCUUUCGACACCGCGACCGUCAACAGGACGAUUGUCGAGUUUUUCUUCGGUAAGAAAAGAAGCAGACAAAAGAGAUGA